AUGGCCUCAAGUAUUUUUUCCAUGGAAGGAGUAAACAAUGUCACUGAAUUCAUUUUUGGGGGUCUUUCUCAGAACACAGAGGUUGAAGAAGUAUGCUUUGUUGUGUUUUCCUUCUUUUACAUGGUCAUUGUGCUAGGAAACCUACUCAUUAUGCUGACAGUUUGCUUUGGCAAUCUUUUCAAGUCUCCCAUGUAUUUUUUCCUCAACUUUCUAUCUUUUGUGGACAUUUGCUACUCUUCAGUCACAGCACCCAAGAUGAUUGCUGACCUGCUAGUGAAGAAAAAAACUAUUUCCUAUGUGGGGUGCAUGUUACAACUCUUUGGUGUUCAUUUUUUUGGUUGCACUGAGAUCUUCAUCCUUGCAGUCAUGGCGUAUGAUCGAUAUGUGGCCAUCUGUAAACCUCUCCACUACAUGACUAUCAUGGACCGGGAAAGAUGCAAUAAGAUGUUGCUGGGGACAUGGGUGGGUGGGUUCAUACAUUCUAUUAUCCAAGUGGCUCUGGUGGUGCAGCUCCCCUUUUGUGGA